AUGGCAUCACAGCAAAAUUUUCUCGGGUCAUCACCUCUUCCUAAGAAAAGACAAUCACCAGGAAGAUCCUUGCAAGGCGGAUUUUUCAAUGAUUACGAUGAAGAGACAUACUUCGAAGAAUUUCAGGAAAUUUCUCGAAGGCAACUGACAAACCAAACGGUCAGCACCAAAGUGCCUGAAGAGAGCCUCUUCAGAGAUCAAGCCCCGAUUCACUGUAUAAAAGAAGAGUUCAAGUCGAAAAAUUUGGACAACAUCAAUAGGACGGAUCAUCAAGAUGGAUACAUCGAGGAGGAAAUAUUGGAAGAAGACCCUUCAAUCUUAGCCCGACGGGCCGAGAUUGGCGCAUCGGAGUCCAGACAAAAAUAUGUGGACAUAUUUUCAAGCCCGUCGACAGCAUCGUCAAUUAUAAUAAAAAAUCCUCAAUUCAAGAGCCCAGAAAUGUCCAAGUCAAACGAGAAAGCUGAAUAUGCAGCUACGAGACACAUUUAUAAUUUUGUCGACGCGUUACUAGACAAUCCCGCUAUGUAUGACUUUGUGAUGGAUGGUCUUCGAGAAGUGUGUUUAGCAGAGGGCAGCCAUCACAUCCCAUCCUUCUUGGAAAGCCUUUUAACAAAAAUCCCCGACACUGAAGGCAAUUUUUUCUUCUUCAAAACUCGUGCUACUGCCAUUAUGCUAAACAACUGA